AUGUCAUUUUUUCAAGAUAUUAAUACUGAUUCAUUGGGUCAUAUUGCUGGAUUAGCUGCUUUGGUUGGUUUAACUUAUUUAAUAAUCACCAUUGUGUUUCCCCCAAUUAAUUUCCCUAAAAAUAUUCCAACUAUUCCAUUUUAUGUUUCAUUUUUAGGUGCUUAUACCUCUAUGGAUCAAUUACAAAUUUAUGAAUACUAUUUAAAAGAUAAAUUAGAUAAAUAUGGUGCUGUUAAGAUUUAUUUUGCCUCAAGAUGGAAUAUAUUAGUUACAAAACCUGAAUAUUUACAAAUCAUUCUCAAAAAUGAAGCCUUAUAUGCUAAAAGUGGGAAUCAUAAAAAAAUUCCUUAUGCUGUUUUAUCUCGUUAUACUGGUGAUAAUGUUAUUAGUGCACAUGGUGAAGUUUGGAAACUUUAUAGAAGUGUUAUAACAAAUAGUAUUCAGUUCCCGGAUAAAUCAUCAACUAACCAAAAUGCCAUGAAAUUAGUUGAAUUAAUUAAUAAUUCAAUUGGUUCAGAUUUAAAUUCCAAAUCAUUACCAGUUGGUGAUUUUUUACAAAAAUUUUCAUUACAAAAUAUUUGUCAAUCAAUGCUUGGAAUUGAUUUCAAAUUAUUAGAUGAUCCAAAUCAAGAAUUACAUCAACGUUUAAAAUAUGUUAAAUCACAAAUUUUCAAAAGUUUUUAUAUGAAUUUCCCAAUUUUUGAUCAAUUACCAAUUCCAUCAAGAAUUAAAGCAAAAGAAGAAGUUGAUAAAUUUAGAGAAUAUUUUACACAAAGAGUUAAAGAUGAACAAUUGAAAAAUUUUGCAAAUAAAUCAAGUGCAGGUUAUAAAUUAUAUGAAGCUUUACAAGCUGGUUUAAUCACUGAAAAGCAAUUUACUGAUAAUGCAGUCAUUAUCUUGGUUGCAGGUCAUGAAAAUCCACAAUUAUUAUUUACUUCAUUAUUAUAUGUCUUAGCUAAACAUCCAAAAUGGCAAACUAAAUUACGUGAGGAAUUAAUUAAUAUUGAUGAUGACAUUGAUUUAGAAAAUUUUAUAAAUUUAAAUGCAUUUAUUUUUGAAACUUUAAGAAUGUUCCCACCUUUAGGACAAAUUAUUAAUAGAGAAACAACAAAAGAUGCACUAUUAGGUGGUAAAAUUCAUAUUCCAAAAGGUACAUAUAUCGGUUAUAAUAAUUUUGUUACAGGUAGAGAUUCAACACAUUGGGAAGAUUCAAAUGAAUUUAAACCUGAAAGAUGGAUACCAAAUGAUAACAACAUUUCUGAAAUGUUAAAAUUUUACAAAACAUCCAAGAUUAAUUGUACAAUGGCUGCAUUUCAUGGUGGUAAAAGAGCAUGUCUUGGUGAAAAAUUUGCACUUUUCGAAACAAGAUUAUUUCUAAAACAUAUUGUAUCAAAUUUUAAAAUUUCUUUAGAUCCAACUUGGAUUGAUCAAUUAACACCUGCUGGUCCAAUUUGUCCAAUAAUGUUACGUAUCAAUUUUGAGAAAUUAGAGUCAAAAAAGACACAAUGA